GUUUCAUUUACACUUUUCCCCGAUGUACUUAAAGCCGUAAGGGACUGUAGUGCUGGUGGGGGUCUAACGUUACCGUUAGUUUGGGAGCUACUGGUCUGCUAACAGUCACGGUGCUGCUAGGUGGAGCGCUGCUGCUACGUUCCCGUUCAGCCCGGCUGGCUCCGCGGCUAGCCCGCUUUAAAAGCCAUUGCAGCCAGAAAGCAAUCGGGGGUUGUUGUUCCGUGCACGACAUUGGGAUGCUGGUUGAACUGAAACAGUGGGAUGUGGGUGCCAGUAGUUUGCUUUACGACCCUUAGCCACACACACCCCAGUGAGUGCGGACGGGAGUUUGAUUAUUUUUUUCCAUUGAAGUAUCCCCGUGCUGUGACUGGUGAAUGUCGUCCCACCCAACUCGGCCACUGCAGUUAUUUACAAGUUAUGCGCUGUAUCUAAAUGGGUAUCUUUUAAAACGACCCUGCCCCAUGUUGGCAUGGUGAUAAAGUGCAUGUUUGAGGUGAAUGUGACUGUGACUGAAAUGGCCAUGUGUCAAUGAUUUGAAGAAAAAAAAAGUUGAUAUCCACAAUAUACCACACGAAUCGAUGUGUUCUCUACGACGGUAGUCCAAUAUAAAUUAAAAGCUAUGCAGCCUAUUUCUGUUAUUGGAUAACGUGGGCCAAGGGGAAAGUUUGUUCAGGCAAUGGGUUACGUGUUCCUGCUUCGGCUCCCUAUGACGAGCAGAGCGUUCAAGGCAAGGUGAUUGUUUCUGUGGGUCGUCAUGUGCAUUAGUGGCCUCCUGGCCAGGGAAAUGAAGACAUAUUUCAGUGACUGGGCUGAGGAAAGCCACUGCAGAGCCUCGGAGGUGAUGUUAACAUGCAGUUAGGCCACAUGCCAGGUUACCUUUCAAUCGGUCACACAAGGAGGUGAUCCAUACGUCACUGUUUAGGAUGGGACAGGGCACACCGAAUGCUCAGAUUCCCAUGGGGCAGCAUAUAGGCCUCGAUUGAUUCACUUAUUGAUGUCACAAAUGUCAGGCCUACAUAAACACAUUAUUGUAUAACUUUUGGAAGACGAUAAAAUCAGAUUUUACUUGAAAUCCCUUCCUUGCUCUUCGAAUGUUGUUGUUGUCUCUCCCUCUAUCCUACCACAAACAGAUCGUCAGUGAAGAUAUUUUAUAAACAUGGUGACAUAAUCAAGUCAAUAUUAUUAAUUAUUCAUUACCCAGUGGAUAUUUUUAUAAUCGAAAUACUACUUUUGAACUUAGUGCGUUUGGGGCUUUAGUGGGAUGAUGUAUUCAUACACGUACCACUGUUUGUAUUUUUAUCAUUCUGCAAUCUUAAACUUUGUAGCAACCAGGGUGGUGAGGAGGGUAUCAUUGCAGGGCGUGGCUAUAUUCUGAGGUCUGUAAUUGAAAACCAUAGUUGGGUGGCUUCUACUCCGUGACUUUAUGAUUCCCAAUAUAAAUAAUGUAGUAAUAGAACAUCCCAAAUUACAGACUGAAUCCAAAAAUAGAUGACCCCAAAAAAAGUGGUUAAUUGACUCAAAUGACUUAUGACCUAAUAAGAGUUUACUGUAGGUCAGUAAUGUGCUAUUGGCAACAGUCGGUUGCCAUCUCUUGUUUUAACCGGUCAUAGCUUUGAGCCCAUGGCAGCUGAAGCAUAUCAGGGCAGUUUAAUAUGUCCUUGUGUUUAGUUAGGAACAGGUGGAGGAGUUGUCUCCUGACACUGUCAAGACAAAUGGAUGAGAGGAAAAACAAUUAGCAAACAAGUAGACUUUAGUCAGAUUUGAUCUCUUACCAUGUAAUGCGUCUCUCUACCUACAACUACAAUCCUUAAUACAAUCCUAAUGCAAAUUGAUCCAUGCUAGAUUCAGCUUUCCUUUGGAUAAUGAAUCUUUGGGAUAUGGCCAAGUCUUUUUUCCAGAUUUGGAUACACGACAGACUGAUCACCAAUUGAUGGUUUAAUAAUUUGCCUUGGAAAUCACAGUUCACUAAAUGCACUUUAACCAAGAAAAGACUCCAAUCUAGUGAUGGGGGGCCACGGACGGUGACGUUACAUUUUUCAUUGUAGCCAUCUGCAAUCCAAACAAGAAAGGUCUCCGCCACAACCUGUUCAGGAAACAGGUUGUGGCUUUUCGGAAGUGCAGCUGGGAUUCGCAUCGGAUGAUUUGCUCUGAUCCUUUUCAUUUGAACUUAAAUCUCGGCAGCCGCUGGGGCUGCAGACUGAAACCUCCUCAUCACAUUAAAAGAGUUCUCCCCCCCUUUGGAGCGGCGGCCAUCAGCAGAUGAGCGUUUUGCUUUAUAGUGGGACAUGGUGUCUGCCUGGGCGCUGGGGGCGGGGUGUACGCCGGCUGUGACCACAAAGGCUGUGUUGGUCUAAGGCUCCACCCUGUGCCUGCUCAGCCACACCCUGCAUGAUGCAUCCACCACCCCUGGACAGAUGUGACUGCGAGAGGCGGGAAAGAUGCUCCGUGGUGGUGGUCCAUUAUAGUUUGAUGAGGCCCCCCCCCCAAUCCAACAUUAGCAUGGUAGCCCGUCACAACUCUUCGCUAACUGGGUUUGUACAUAAACAAAUGGAAAACUUUUAAAAAAACACUUGAGUGUUUUUGUGGUGCUUGUACCAUUUGUCGAUUGUACUGAGCGUUGCUUCCCUUUUGAGAACGGAUGCAGCUCUAAUGGUCCAUUAAUGACUUCCAAUAGUGAACUAGCCUGUUUCUAUCGGUGUCACAAGUGUCGAUUGAAGCGUUAUGUUUCAGUUGGUGGGCGGUUGUGGGUGGUUUCUUUUUUCUUAAACCUCUGAAUGUAACCUCUUUUGGUAACAAAAAUAUUAACCUCCUGUGAUGGAUUUUCCAUAGAAAAGGGAGUAAUUGCACCCAUUUGUGUCAGGAAAAUAAAUCUUUGAGAAGUUGAGUCAUAAAACUGGUAGGUAGAAAUGGCUUCCAGAUAUUUGUGUGGCUAACUCCUACGGUGAAAGAAGAGAUAAAAGCCUUUUAACACCAGUUUACUGGCCAGUUUGAUGCUGGUUCUUUUCCACUGUAAACGUGGAUCAUAUUGCAUGAAUGAUUUAAAAGCACACGUUAAGACACUGUGGAGUGGCACCAGGCCUAUAUGCCAAUCUCUCUCUCACACACACAGGCACACGCACACGCACAGAGAGAGAGCUACUGGAAACAGGUGAAGAAGCCUUGUUUAACCACGUAUCACUUGUUCGACCCGGGCCUGUAAGGGUGUGUUUUGGACAAGCUGACAGCCGUGAUGCUACUAGUGUUUCAGACACAAGCACUCAUUCCGCACGCACACACAGCCAACAGUGCCCAUAAUGUCUGUGUGGUGAUCCCCGCACAGGCGCACACAUACAAGAUACAAAGGCUUACACAUACACCUAUUAACAUCUAUUAGCAUAAUACUGUUGCAGCUGUGUCUGUUAAGGCUAACAGCUGACCUGCAGUCCUAUCUUUUUGUGCCCAUUUCCAUCCAACUGCUAGACACACAAGUCCCUCUCUGUUCUACUAGGUACUGUCUCUAGACAAUAAGGGAAGCCGGUUAGUGCUUUCCCAAGAACACCCAGAUUGACUUGAAGAAGCUUUACCCCAGUUAACAUCUUUAAUAACAUUGGAAACCUUUUUAAUGUUGCACUUAUGCUUUAUACCCUUUUUAAAAGAAAAUAUAUUGGUAGCAGGAGUUAUUUUUCUUUGGUUGAACAUGAAACUAAUAUCAGUGCUGUAAAAUGUAUUGGGCCUCCGUGUUCAGAGAAUAUUAAUAUGGUGCUGUAAUUUAGGUAAAGGUUUAUUUAUCUGGUAAUGCCAAUUCUGGCAAAGUAAGUCUCCCUUGACAUCAGUCUUAUGGUCUGUACUAUAUAUUGUAUCGACUAUGUAGUAGUAUGGUUGCCUGUGGGCCACAACAUAACAUCACUGUAGCAAUGCAGGAUGUAAUACUGCAUUGCUACAGUGUGACAGCCCCAAAGUGUAGAAAGAAGGCAGCACAAGAAGUCAGGUUCCCGUCUUAUUACUUUUUCAAGGUGCGCAGCACUUGAAGGCAAACUUGAGAAUCUAAAAUGGUGUGUUUGAAGGAUGCAGUUGUAAAUAAGAAGCAGCCAAACGUAUAUUUGAUGCAGUUUAGAGUCAUGGGCUAAUGAGGCGUUCACAUGCUGUAGUCUUAUCAAUGGGUCACCUCAGCAUAUCAAUAGUGUUGCUAAUAAUAAUUUUGUGCUGAAUACUUUUUAAGUGAGUAAGUUAUUCCAUAUAGCCUAUUGCUCGCCAGUCAAUGGCUGUACUGCAGCCUAAUAAUAUUGAAAUUAAACUGCACUCCUCCAAUGCGCUUGCUAUUGACUCUGAUUAAUACAUUUAGGAAUUACACAGGGAAUUAUCACGUUUUUUGGGAUGAAUAAUCAUAAUCUUGCAUGGUGUGAGAAAUUAUUCCAUACUAAAACCAGAGCAAACAAACAAACCUUAAUCCCGGUUGGAUUACGUUAAAUGGCCUGUUUGCUUUUCUGUGACCCUGCCUUGUACUUCAAAUAUAUUACUGCAGCAGUUGCUUUAUUAGGUAUGUUCCACAACCAUAUCAAAGCUGGACCUCUGCCAAAUUAGCUAUCCCUGUUCCUACUGCUGGCCCACUCCAACACUCAUAUGUCUGUGUGUUGUGUUUAUGCGUUCGGUUUAGCUCAGUAGGUAGAGUGGGUGGACUUGUAACCGUAAGGUUGCUAGUUUAGCCCUGAGUAAGACGCCCAACCCAAACUGCUCCCUGCUGUCGCCUUGCAUUGUUGACUCUGCCGUCGGUGUGUGUGAAUGUGUGUAUGAACCGACGUAAAUCAACAACUUUUCAUUGCUUGUUCUCGGUUUGUGCUUACAAAAUUUUGAACGGGGUCUUAUGUUGCACAUAACAUAUAAAGAGCUGUUCCUCUUUGCAAUAUGGAGAGGAUAUGGAUAGCAGGUCAACGGACAAACAUUGCAGCGCGAGCGCUAACCAAGUGAUCGUACCCGAGAAAGUGAACGCGGUGCUGGGGAAGAACAUCACCCUGGGAUGCAAGAUAGAGGUGGGCUCCAACCUGACCCAGAGCUCCUGGGAGCGCCAUCUGCGCUCGGGCCCCAUCACGAUAGCGGUGUACAACCCCGAGUUCGGGAUCUCAAUCUCCAAGGAGUACGCCGGGCGCGUCUCCUUCCUGUCGGCCUCGGUGCACGAUGCCACCAUCAUCCUGGAGGGGGUCGGCUUCGCCGACAUCGGCUCCUACACCUGCAAAGUGUCGACGUUCCCGCUGGGCAACACGCAGGCGUCCACCACCGUUAAUGUAUUAGUGGAGCCCAAGGUGUACGUGUCGGGCGGGCCCCACCCGCUGCUGGACGGCGCACGCGAGUCGGUGGUGGCCACGUGCGUGGCGGAGCGGGGCCGCCCGGCCGCACCGUGGUCCUGGGAGACGUCUCUGGACGGCCGCUCGGAGCCGGCCACGCAGGACGAGGCCAACGGCACCGCCACCGUCCAGGCCCACUACGUGUGGCGCCCGCAGAGCCACGCCCAGGGCCAGAGCCUCACCUGCGUGGUGCGCCACCCCGCCCUCACCACCGACUUCCGCAUCCCCUUCGCGCUCAGCGUGCAGUUUGCACCAUUGGUGCGGAUACUGGGAGAUGAUAAGAACUGGUAUGUGGGCCAGAAGGACGUCCGCCUCGAAUGUGGUGCCAAGGCCAACCCCCCCGCCCGCAACUUCACCUGGAUGAGGAUGGAUGGCCCGAUGCCCCACGGCGUGGUGAUAUCCAACUACAGCUUUGCCUUCACCAGACCUUUAGACCGCAACGACUCUGGAGUGUACCGAUGCGAGGUGUUGAACGACAUUGGCCUGCGAAGUCAAGACGUCCACCUUUGGAUACAAGACCCUCCCUCGACCACCGCCGCCCCCACCACCGCCGCCUCCCUCCACCGCGACGCGCCCGGUAACAGCACGGAAGCCCAAGCCCGGGCCCAGCUCACCUCGCCCACCCUGGCCUCGCUGCCAGACAGCAGCCUGGGCACCAUCGUGGGCGGGGCGGUGGGUGGCGUGCUGUUCCUGGCGCUGCUGCUGGUCCUGGCCGCCGUGUGCUGCAUGCGCAAGCGCCGCACCUUCCGCGGCGACUACUACACCAAGCAGUACCUGGGGCCCUCGGACAUGCAGAAGGAGGCGCAGCUGGACGUGCUGCAGCCCCACGAGCUGCAGGAGGUGUACGGCGACAAGGGCAGCAACGGCGGCAGCAGCGGCGUGGGCGGCGGGAAGGGCAGCAGCCAGGACCUGAAGCCCAAGCCCGGGGGCGACGUCAUCUACCCCGAGUACCCCAACGAGCGCAAGGAGCACGACGACUGGGGGGUGGGCCACCACCGGGCGGGCGACGGCCACAGCGACGAGCCGUACUACCCGGAGCACUACAAGAACAGCCACAACGUGCACCCCUGUGGCCCGCCGGUGCACAGCUCCACGGUGAACGGCUCCCCCUACGUGCCGGAGGACUGCUACGACAACAACGGCACGGACAGCGACUACGUGUCGCACAUGGACGGCUCGGUGAUCUCGCGCCGCGAGUGGUACGUCUGAGCGGGGGAGUGGGGGGAGGAGGAGGGGGUGAGGGUGACGAGGGAGACGAGGGACUUGAGACUUGAGAGGGGGCUUCGAACAACGUCCUGCUAGGAAACGGUAUUUCUUCUAAAAGUACGCGACGCAAUGAUCCAAGGCUGCAGUGGACGUUCCUGGUGCGGUGGUCUCUGGAGGGAGGGGGUGUUCCGCCUAGGUUGUAACCACUUACCU